CACCGGACACGGCCCCGCCCUGCUCGCCCCGCGCCGCCCGCCCGCGCCCCGCCAUGGAGGACCUGGAUGCCCUGCUUUCUGACCUGGAGACCACCACCUCACACAUGCCAAGGUCAGGGGCUCCAAAACAGCGCCCCUCAGAGCCACUCACACCUCCCCCACCCUAUGGCCACCAGCCACAGACAGGGUCUGGGGAGUCUUCAGGAACCUCUGGGGACAAGGACCAUCUGUACAGUACGGUAUGCAAACGGUCCCCGAAGCCUGCAGCCCCUGCGGCCCCUCCAUUCUCCUCUUCCAGUGGUGUCUUGGGCACAGGGCUCUGUGAGCUAGACCGACUGCUUCAGGAACUUAACGCCACCCAGUUCAACAUCACAGAUGAAAUAAUGUCUCAGUUCCCAUCCAGCAAGGUGGCUACAGGAGAGCAGAAGGAAGACCAAUCUGAAGAUAAGAAAAGACCCAGCCUCCCUCCCAGUCCAACCCCUGUCCUCCCCAAGCCUUCAGCCACGUCGGCCACUCUGGAGCUGGACAGACUGAUGGCCUCACUCUCUGACUUCCGUGUCCAGAACCAUCUUCCAGCCCCUGCACCCACCCAGCCGCCCGCGCCGGCGAAUUCCGUGAGUGAACCCUCCCCACCCCCGCCGGCACCAACAAGCAAGGGCAGCCUGGACACCAUGCUGGGGCUGCUGCAGUCUGACCUCAGCCGCCGGGGGGUUCCCACCCAGGCCAAGGGCCUCUGUGGCUCCUGCAAUAAACCAAUUGCUGGGCAAGUGGUGACAGCUUUGGGACGCGCCUGGCACCCGGAGCACUUCAUUUGCGGUAGCUGCUCCACGGCGCUGGGAGGCAGCAGCUUCUUCGAGAAAGACGGAGCUCCCUUCUGCCCCGAGUGCUACUUCGAGCGCUUCUCGCCACGAUGCGGCUUCUGCAACCAACCAUCCGACAGCUGAAUGGUGACUGCCCUGGGCACCCACUGGCACCCAGAGCAUUUCUGCUGCGUCAGUUGCGGGGAGCCCUUCGGAGAAGAGGGCUUCCACGAGCGCGAGGGCCGCCCCUACUCGCGGGACUUCCUGCAGCUGUUCGCCCCACGCUGCCAGGGCUGCCAGGGCCCCAUCCUGGACAACUACAUUUCAGCACUCAGCGCGCUCUGGCACCCGGACUGCUUCGUCUGCAGGGAAUGUUUCGCGCCCUUCUCGGGAGGCAGCUUUUUUGAGCACGAGGGCCGCCCGCUGUGCGAGAACCACUUCCACGCGAGGCGCGGCUCGCUGUGCGCCACUUGCGGCCUCCCCGUGACCGGUCGCUGCGUGUCGGCGCUGGGCCGCCGCUUCCACCCGGACCACUUCACCUGCACCUUCUGCCUACGCCCGCUCACCAAGGGCUCCUUCCAGGAGCGCGCGGGCAAACCUUACUGCCAGCCUUGCUUCCUCAAGCUCUUCGGCUGACCGCGCGCGGGGUUCGCUGGUCCGGACGCCUCGCUCCACAGGUCCUCGCUUGCGCAAGAGCCCAGGUUCUCCAGACCACAAGGCCUGGCUCUUUGAGUUUGGAGUUGCCCCCACCCCACCCCCAGCUCCGUGAGGCUCCGCCCACCGGACAGACCUAACCCCCUGAGGUACUCAACGUUCUCCGCCCGUCAAGUUCAGAACCGGCGCCACCGAUCCCGAAACUAUGCGCCUCCAAAGCGGAUCGUGGAGGGACUCGCGAGGCCCUCGCCCUGCUCGUACCUUUAGGCGGACUCUGAAGGAAGAGAGUUCCUGCAAUGCCGACUAAUCGGAAGCCUGGCCUGCCCUGCUCCACGCUCCCUCACUGCUCUGUGCACUUUUUUUUUUUCUUGCCCGCAUAAACACACAUUCCACGUG